AUGAUUGAAGUAGAAGUAAACGAUAGAUUAGGUAAGAAGAUAAAAGUUAAAUGUUUAUCAAGUGAUACUAUAUUAGAUCUUAAGAAGAUACUAUCAUUACAAUUGGGUACUUCAUAUGACAAGCUUAUACUUAAGAAAGGAUAUCAAGUAUUUAAAGAUCAUAUAACUUUAGAUGAUUAUGAAAUCCAUAAUGGUUACAAUUUAGAAUUGUAUUAUGGGUAG